UUGAUGGCACAUACAAUUAAUUAGUCUCGAGGGUGCUUUAAACCCUAAAAAGAAUGCAAGCUCAUUUCCUGCCGAGAGUUGCUCUGAGACUAGCUAGGUUAAAGAUUAAGUUAAAAGCUCUCAAUCGUUUCCUUUUUUAAAAAGCGCUGGCUAAAACAAUGCAUUCGCUUGGGGUUUGAACCUUCAAAACCUUCACAAGGGGUUCGUCGAUAUAUUUCUCCAAGGUGGAAUAAACUCUCAAUUAAUUCCAUAUUUAUAAUCCAAUUCGUCAGCAAGCAUGUUGGCAACCAGUUAAAAGAUUUCAACCCGACCAACGACCAAACAAAGCCACGGAAUGCAUGUUGCCGAGUUUCUUAACCGAACCAAUCGACGCAAUCGAAAUGCUCAAAUAGAAGGAGAGGUGCAGCGGCGACUUGGAGAAUAUGCCAAGGAUUUGGAGGAACGCCGCCGCCAACUGGCAGAGCAGCUGCACAACGAGGAGCGCCAGCUGGACGAGGAGCUGGCAGAGCUGCUGCAGUCGCGUCUCGAAGCAGCGCAAAAUCAGCGUAUCGAAUGGAUUCAACUGCAGCUGAUGCGAAGCGAGCGGAAAGAGCAGCAGCUGCUCCAGCUGAAGCAGCAGCAGCGCGAGAUCGAAAACUCGGAGCAGCAUCGUGAGUCGGAAACGAAGCAAAUACUUUUGGAGACCAAACAGGCGCAACUCUAUCAAAUUGAGGAGCGCAAGGAAUUGCGCCGCCGGGCAGCCUACGUGGAUUCCCUCUGGCAACAAUACAGCAAAUAAUAAUACAAAAGUCAAGAACAUUCGAAGCCACCCGCGACCGAGUGUAAUUAACCUGCAACACGUGUCGGCAUUCUAUUUAUUUAUUUACAAUUAAAAAUGCCAGUUUGAUAAAAAUAUGCGAAACAGCCGAAAAAAACGAAUUAGGCGACUAAUAAUAAUUAUCGAAUGUAAAAUAUAUGAGAAAAAUUUGCACAGAA